CAACGCAGCCCUUUGGGGAAAACAAAGUCUAUUCAAAUGAGUUUUUGUUCCGCUCAAGAUACAUAAUAUCUACAAGUUGAAAAUUAGUAUCAAAAGAUGAAGAGAACAUAGACAUAAGGCCAAGCACAAAAGAAAGAAUAUUAUGAUUAAAAGAAGGAUGAUCGAACUUCUUGUUUCCAUUUUGUUUUUGUUCCUAGUGAAUUUGGCGUUCAAAGAGAGAGAAAGCAAAAGGGGGUAGUCCAAUCAAUGCAAUUUUCAUGGGCGUGGUCCGGUAAAGAGUGUUCUGUGUGUUUCUCCAAUAAUUACAAAACCAAAGAUCGACAAGCAUGUGUACCUCAUGGUAAGUUAGAGGCGCACACGUCAGUUGAUACUGCCAUUUUCAGCCUUGUCUUAUAAAUCGUCAAUUCAUGCUCAGAGGGCCAGAAGCCAUUGUUUCGAUAAUGAUAUCGUUUUAGAUUUUAUCUUUGAUGUGUCGGUUGCCGAUUGGUUUGGAAUCAACCAAAGCAGGGCAAUUGCUAUGCCCCUACCCUCGUUGAAUUUUGUGCUUCGGGCCUACAUUCUGCCACGUACUGAGAGUUCAACUAACGAAAAUGCACUAGAGAUCUCCUGUUGGUGCAUCAUCACUAAAGAUCGUACGGUGCGAAGACCCAGCACGGAAGACGAAGCACUUGACGCACUCUCGAAUACAGGGUCAGACUCUAUCCUUGCUUCGCCAAACCCAGUAGUGCUGUACACCCGUAACAACCUCAUACGAAACCUUUACUUGCGAUUUAGUGGGGUGACCACUUGGGAGGCCCGCACGAGCGAGUUCUGCAAAAGUAAGCAGCGUCAACACCCGGCCAGCCUAUAACCCCUCAACAAAUUCUUGCGCACCUUCCAUAAUGGGCGCGGCGAGCAGCUCUCACCGCUCGCUUUGUUUUCCUUA